AUGUCUCCAACUAUCGACCAAUCUCCAAAAUUUGCCACAUUGCUAAGCUUUUUGAAUCCCUUGUUCUACAAUCGAUUCAAAAGUCUUUUUAAUCACGUUCUUAUGGAUGAACAACAUAGUUUUCGUUCUGGCCGUUCUACUACAAACUGUGACGCUAUCUUCACCAGCUAUGUAAUUGAUGCCUUUAGUAAUCGCUCUCAAGUUGAUGUGAUUUACACUGACUUCGCCAAGGCUUUUGAUCGUGUAAGUCAUAAAGCCUUGUUAGAAGUACUCCGUACAACCGGUUUCGGUGAACCGCUCAUAUCAUGGUUUGAGUCUUAUGUAACGGGUAGAAAAAAAUUUCCUAAAAUUAAAUGGUGUGUGUUCAAGUAUGGUUAA